CAAUUCAAUGGGAUCCAUCUUGAGCCGCCUUCGUGACCAAGGUGAAGCCUCAAAGCCUAUUCAUGAUGCAGAAGACUACAUCCCUUUAAACCUGCAACAAUAUUCACUGAAUGAUUUAGUUGUGCGUUGUGACACAAACAAGGUUGUGCGAUAUGACUCAGCCAAAUUUUCCAGUAAGGCUUACCGUAUCACAGAGAGCGUUCGCCGUGCAGGAUUUGACUGUGCAAAAUCUUUCUUCACAUCAAGCAACAACCUAACUUGUGAUGAUGUCGGUUGCAUGGAACCUCUGCCUCGAAGUCUGGUUGAGGAUCUGAAGCCAAAGUACACAUGUUGUCUGUCUCGUGAAGAUGACUGCUUAUUGCAAGAGUACGAUAGAAUCUUUAGACGUUUCGUGGGUCUUGGUGAAAAUUUCAGGAAUGAAAUAUUGAUGUCCAGUGAAACUGAACAUUAUGAAACCGAGAGCAGCGAGACAGCACAAACUGUAUCUCAUGAAAGAAACAAGGCCCUGAUUAUGCCAUAUUCUGACUUUGAAAACUGCCGCAAUGUAACAUGGCUACAGCAGGAAGAACUCGACAAAAUCACAUACAUGAAUCAGCCUUUUUUGGAUGGAGAUCUGUCGGUAAUUCCACUUAUAUCGCAGCUUGGCAUUAGGUUAGGAUAUCACAAGAUUGCGCUGGAUGAUAAGAGCUUUCCGCAUCAGUUUCUUCAUCCCAAAAUGAUGCAUUUCUUCCUCAAGCUUCAGGAGGCAUUUUACACUCUUCGUUGUAUGGACUUUGACUUUGUUGCAGCAUUGCAGGACGCACGUGCUAAGGACUUUGUCAACGGUGUCUGGACACGUGUAGAUUCAGCAACAAAGGCGCUUGAUGAGCUGCUGUAUUACAGGCUGGCUAAGAGCAGCGUGGACAUAACAGAAAUUCUGCAUAAGCGUCUUGGUUAUGAAGGAUAUGCUGAGGACCUGUACUUGGGUGAUAACCAUGCCAUUGCUCAGGCGCGUCGUCUCGUGCUGAGCUACCGGUCGCCGCUGGUUGAACUACAUCCCUAUNGGUCUGUUGCUGUGGUGCUGGUUCUGGCCGUUGUAGAGUAA